GACUUUAAAUCACAGACCACAAAAACAAACUCAUUCAUAUUCUGAAUUCUCAAACUCUUUUUUCAUCCAAUUUCUCUCAAUUAUCAUGGCUAUGCAAUUACCUUCCUCUUCCUCUUCAUUUUCCUCUGCAUUCACUUACCAAGUGUUCCUCAGUUUUAGGGGCACUGACACUCGCCACGGUUUUACCGGCAAUCUCUACAAGGCUCUUACUGACAAGGGAAUCAAAACCUUCAUUGAUGACAAUGAUCUUCAAAGAGGAGAUGAAAUCACACCAUCACUCCUCAAGGCCAUCGAAGAAUCUAGGAUUUUUAUUCCUGUGUUUUCUAUCAACUAUGCCACUUCAAAAUUUUGCUUGGACGAACUUGUUCACAUUAUUCAUUGCUACAAGACAAAAGGUCGCCUCGUUUUGCCUGUUUUCUUUGGUGUGGAUCCUACUAAUGUGCGACAUCAUACAGGUCCUUAUGGUGAAGCAUUGGCUGGACAUGAAAAGAGGUUUCAAAAUGAUAAGGAUAACAUGGAGAGGUUGCAUCAAUGGAAGUUGGCUCUGACCCAAGCUGCUAACUUGUCCGGCUACCAUUCUAGUCCUGGAUAUGAAUACAAGUUUAUUGGAGAUAUAGUCAAAUACAUCUCCAACAAGAUCAGUCGUCAGCACUUACAUGUUGCCAAUUACCCUGUUGGAUUGCAGUCCCGAGUACAACAAGUGAAAUCGCUUCUUGGUGAAGGAUAUGAUAAUGGAGUCAGGAUGGUAGGACUUUAUGGUACUGGAGGCUUGGGUAAAUCAACACUUGUAAAAGCAGUUUAUAACUUAAUUGCUGAUCAAUUUGAAUGCUCAUGUUUUCUUGAAAAUGUGAGAGAGAAUUCAGCUUCAAAUAAAUUGAAACAUCUCCAGGAGGAGCUCCUUUUAAAAGCACUUCAACUGAAAAUUAAGUUAGGAGGUGUUAGUGAGGGAAUUCCUUAUAUAAAGGAAAGGCUGCAUACAAAGAAGACUCUUUUGAUUCUCGAUGAUGUUGACGAUAUGGAGCAACUACAUGCUUUGGCAGGAGGACCUGAUUGGUUCGGCCGUGGAAGCAGGGUCAUCAUUACCACUCGAGACAAACACUUACUAAGAAGUCAUGGGAUAGAAAGUACGCAUGAAGUGGAAGAGCUGUAUGGGACAGAAGCUCUAGAGUUGUUGAGAUGGAUGGCUUUUAAGAAUAACAAAGUACCUUCAAUUUAUGAAGACGUUUUAAAUCGUGCAGUUUCAUAUGCUUCGGGCCUUCCCUUAGUUUUAGAAAUAGUGGGUUCCAACUUGUUUGGAAAGACGAUAGAAGAAUGGAAGGGUACAUUAGAUGGAUAUGAAAAGAUUCCCAAUAAAAAGAUCCACCAGAUACUUAAAGUAAGCUAUGAUGCUUUGGAGGAAGAGCAGCAAAGUGUUUUUCUAGACAUUGCCUGUUGCUUCAAAGGAUGUGGAUGGGAGGAGUUUGAAUAUAUACUUCGUGCUCAUUAUGGCCAUCGCAUAACACAUCAUCUAGUAGUGUUGGCUGAAAAAUCUCUCGUUAAGAUUACUCAUCCCCAUUAUGGAUCUAUUUAUGAACUGACACUACAUGACUUGAUAAAGGACAUGGGUAAAGAAGUCGUCCGACAAGAAUCGCCCAAAGAGCCUGGAGAAAGAAGUAGAUUAUGGUGUGAAGAUGAUAUAGUUAAUGUUUUAAAAGAAAACACUGGAACUAGUAAAAUUGAAAUGAUAUAUAUGAAUUUCCCCUCUGAGGAAUUCGUAAUAGACAAGAAAGGAAAGGCCUUCAAGAAGAUGACAAGACUGAAAACGCUUAUCAUUGAAAAUGGCCAUUUUUCUAAAGGUCUCAAGUAUCUUCCAAGCAGUUUGAGAGUAUUGAAAUUACAUGGAUGUUUAUCAGAGUCUCUAUUAUCAUGUAGUUUAAGCAAGAAUUUCCAGAACAUGAAAGUCUUGACAUUGGACAAGUGUGAAUAUUUAACCCAUAUACCUGAUGUCUCAGGUCUUCAAAAUUUGGAAAAGUUCUCGUUUGCAUAUUGUCGUAAAUUAAUUACAAUUCACAAUUCAAUUGGACACCUAAAUAAACUUGAAAGGUUAAAUGCAUUUGAUUGCAGCAAACUCGAAAGUUUUCCACCUUUAGGGUUGGCAUCCCUUAAUGAAUUGAAUCUCUCUCAUUGUGGGAGUCUCAAGAGUUUUCCAAAAUUAUUAUGCAAGAUGACAAAUAUUAAAAAGAUUUGGUUGCAGAAUACUUCCAUAAGAGAAUUGCCAUCUUCAUUUCAAAAUCUCAGUGAACUUCAUGAGUUAACAGUACGGGAAGCUGGAAUGCUGAGGUUCCCAAAACAGAAUGAUCAAAUGUAUUCUAUAGUGUUUUCAAAAGUGACAAAACUAGAACUCUAUAAUUGCAAGCUCUCAGAUGAAUGUCUCCCAAUAUUUCUCAAGUGGUGUGUUUAUGUGACAUAUCUAGACUUAUCAUGGAACAAUUUCAAACUUAUUCCUGAGUGCCUUAGUGAAUGUUACCUUCUUUCUAGCCUUAGAUUGGAUAACUGCAAGUCUCUGGAGGAAAUUAGAGGGAUUCCACCAAAUCUUGCAAGGCUUUCUGCAAUCGGAUGCAAAUCAUUGAGUUCCUCAAGUAGAAAAAUGCUAUUGAGUCAGAAGCUAAAUGAGGCUGGAUGCAAUAUUUGUUUCCCAAACUUCAGUGAUGGGAUUCCAGAUUGGUUCGAGCACCAAAGCAGGGGAGACACAAUUUCUUUCUGGUUUCGUAAAAAGAUCCCUUCUAAUAUUUCUAUUAUUCUUUUUCCGGGAUGUAUGUCUAUUCCACAACUUUAUUUGUUUGUCAAUGGCUAUAAAUGUUUUCCUUUUAGUUAUUUAAUCUGGGGUUUUGGUUCAAUUGAGAUUUUGGAGUCAGAACAUUCAUUUUUGUUUAAUCUGAAAUUGGAAGAAGAGAUUACACAUUUGAGUCGCAUGUCUGAAAUGGACAAAGCACUUUUAAAAACUGAAUGGAUCCAUGUGGAGCUUAAUUUUAUAAAGAGUGUUUGGAAUAAAUCGAUCUGUGACCGUGUGACUGAAAAAUUAAGCAGUGCGCAAAUGGGAAUCCACGUGAGUAAGGAGAAAAGCAACGCAGAGGAGAAUGUGAUAUUCACCGAUCCUUAUAGAGAAUAUAGAAAUACUUCAUUAUCACAAUUUGAGCCUCCUCUGAAAAAGCAAAGAUUGGUGGAAGUGGUAGUUUCAGAGACAGAAAUUUGGCAGCAGCAACAUCUAUCUUUAGAGUCAGGCAUGCAAAACUUGGUUCUUACUGAAACAAAAGAGGCACCAUUGCUAGAUAGAUUCCUUCGUCCAGUGGAUUUUUGGAAGACAAGAAGAAACCAAUAAUCUUCUCAAUGGCAAGGCUUGACAAAGUGAAAAACAUUAGUGGCCUAGUCGAGUGGUUCGCGAAGAACAAGAGACUAAGAAGUUUGGUAAAUCUUGUGAUCGUUGGAGGAUUCUUCGAUCCUUCAAAAUCCAAAGAUAGCGAAGAAACAGAAGAAAUCAAGAAAAUGCAUUACUUAAUUGAUGAAAGAAUACAAACUGCAAGGUCAGUUCAGAUGGAUUGCAGCGCAAACUGACAGAUAUCGCAACGGAGAGCUUUACCGAUGUAUCGCGGAUACAAAAGGAGCUUUUGUUCAACCAGCAUUGUAUGAAGCUUUUGGUCUAACAGUCAUUGAAGCAAUGAACUGUGGAUUACCAACUUUUGCAACAAAUCAAGGUGGUCCAGCUGAAAUCAUAGUUGAAGGUGUAUCAGGUUUUCAUAUUGAUCCUCAUAAUGGAGAUGAAUCAAUCAACAAAAUUUCUGAUUUUUUUUAGAAGUGCAAGACUAAUCCUUAACAUUGGAACAUAGUCUCUAAAGCUGGUCUUCAAAGAAUCAAUGAA